AUGGCUUCCACUGAAAUCCACUCCCUCCCCGUCCAAGAGCUGUACUCCAAAUGGAGUACCAGCUACGACCAAGAGCGUGCCAAUAAUCUGCGAGGCCUUGACGACACCGGACUGGAGACACUCCUUCCAAAAUUCACCUCUCUACUCGUGCAAAGCCACGGCUCAUCUACAGGCCCCCUCAGGGUUGUCGACUUUGGCUGCGGUACGGGGCGCAACACGCUCAAAUUGAUGGCGAUGCUCCCGGGCGCCGAGAUUAUCGGCCUCGACGCGACCCCUGCCAUGUUGGAAGUCGCCGAAAGACGAUGCAAUCAGGCCUCGUCUGAGCUACCUGCCAACUUGCUACCAGGGAGCCUCUCUUUCAAGGUGUACAACCCGCUUGAGAAGAAGAUGGGUGUUGGUACUCCCGUACCAGGCCAGGCCCAAGGACUGAUCAGCACUUUGGUCAUUGAGCACCUACCUAUCGCCGAGUUCUUCAAGAUGUGCAGCGAGUUUGUUGGUCCGGGCGGCUACGUCCUUGCAACCAACGCCCAUGAGGACCUCGCCCGGAUCGCGCGCGCGAGCAUCGUGGACCCGGAGACUGGGGCUCUGCUUUGGGGUGAGAGCCAUACCCACACUAACGAGGCUGUAAAGAAGGAGGGAGCAAAGUGGGGGUUUGACCUGGUGGAGAUACAGGAGGGGAUUCCGAAGGAUCCCAACAUUGUUGGACCCAUGCGAGGCCACUGGGAUGGGGUGAAAUGUUGGGUGGGUUUUGUGUUGCGUAGACAGAAUUAG